AAAAGUCUACAGUUCACCAAAUUCAGGAACACACCUUUCAAAUACCAUAAACACGAUGCAGCAAGAUAUGCAAGUUCUGUACCACGAGUUGUGGGGAAAGUUAUCCCCCGUUGUCCAGGAGUUCACAGUGAAUGUUCCUGUUGCAAACUAUGGUAUCUGGCCUGGAUACAAAAUCCCCUUGGAAUCGACCGCAAGUAGCAGCAGCUUCAACCCCUAUAGUUCAUUGAAGUCGAAACGGCAGGACCAGCUAUUCCGGAUAGUGACUGUUGAUUCACGUUUACCCUGUGGAGUCCACAAGUUACUGGUUCGGUCCAAGUACGAUGCGGUGCGCAAUAGGUUAAUAGAAGUUGAGGGGAGAAGAUGGUCGGGGGCUCGCCACUGGGAGAACCCCACCGCCAGUUGCAGGCUAGAUUGUGAACUCUCAGGUCAGCCUGGUGUAGGUUAGUUAUUGCUCCUCCAAUCAUGUUUGGCAAGACUUCUAACUCUGAGAUAGGAAAAACCUAUCUUCUCUCCUAUCUUCUAGUACGCAGACUGCAUGAUUCCCUUCCCACCAUAUACAGGAUAAACGACAACAUGUGUUUCCUAUUCGACGAAGACUCAGCUGGGGAAGAGACUAGCAUGCAGGCGCUAUCUCGGCUGACACAAGAGAAGAAGCGAAAACUAUGGGUAUUGACUGAUGAGCCUCUGCACGGCCGCCAUUGGCAUGAUAGGAAUUCGGGAUGGUUUGUAGUGUUUGCCGCAUCUCCAGAGACGGUGAGAGCAUCUCAGGGAUGGUACAAGAACCGCAGAGUGAGCUUAUAUUUCAUGAGAAAUUGGCCAUGGCCAGAAAUCUUUGCUGCGUACUGGUAAAGAACCCUUUCUUGUAACCAGAUAGAGACCAAAGAAAAUUUUGAUAUGGUUGCUGAUCUCCGUAUUAUAGCUUGGAAGCUGAGAACCCCCCCAGCCAAGACGAGAUUAAUAAACUCUUCACCACGUAUACCUGCCUCGGCCCUGUCGCUCGUACAUGCCUUGAAUCGAUUGAUAUGAGCGACGAUAACUUAUACAACGAAACUCUCCAAAACUACCUUAGGGAGGUAGAUCGUGAAAUAGCGAAGUUCGUUGCCCGUGGUGGGCGCGAGACGGUUGAGCAUGCUGUCCUUGUAGGCUCAUCACACAAAAUGGCUAUUAUGGAUCCUACUGAGGGUGGAUUCUCCUAUACAGCACGAAUAAUAACAAGAUGGAUUGGCUAUCGAGUGUAUGAAAAAGCCCAGAAACACUCACAACAUGGCUGUUUCGAGACGUUCAAGUGCCUUUCCCGUCACCCCGCUUUGAGAACUGCUGCAGGUUGGUUUUUUGAAGGGUAUGUGCAUGACUGGCUCCUUCGAGGUGGUACCUUUGAAGCAGACCAAAUGCCUAUCCUUGACAGCACAGUGGCUACCCUCCAAUUCCAUUCCACCAAGAGCGAAUCGGGCCAACCGAGAUACUUCACUACGGGGGACAAUUUGAGCGAACAGGUCCAGGGACUUGGAGGUCGCGGAAUUAAUCCUGCAGUUGUCCAUCAUUAUUUUCUUCCUUAUAGCCGCAACUUUCCAUCUGUGGAUGGGCUUAUGUUUAGUGAUGUGGAAACAUUGCUCUUGUUCCAAAUCACACUGGCUAAGAAGCAUGAGAUAAAGCCACUUGGGGUGGCGCAGCUUCUGAAAUGUUUACCAAAAACAAUUAUGAACAUCGAUUUCGUUUUUGUUGUUCCCGAAGACCGGGCAGAUGACUAUUUCAAAGCACAGCAGAUUCCUGACUCUGCAUCGAUUUCCCCCUCAGGCAAAAAACUAAAUCUCAGGCAGUUUAGACUGGUAUUUGGUGAGUAUUGUAUGGCAGCGGUAGGCAUUCAUGGCCAAGUGGUCGAGGAGGGGGAAGGGGAUGAGUAUGAUUAUGAGGCUAGCGAUUGAUUUCUGUUACCCCGUGGAGUAUAGCUUACCAAGAAGGAAAAGGUCUAGAGUUGAGUGCCCAGUACGGGUAUUUGUUUGGUGUCAUCCUGGGCUAUGUAUGUAUCCCUUAGUUUGUCAGGCCCUGCGCCCAAGAAAUCUGCGAUACAACGUGGAUGAACUAGUGAAUAAUUAGUUAGUGCAACAGCCAAGAGAAACUGUGUGAAUAG